UCUGCACUUAUCCUCUCUGACGUUGGACUUCAUUCAGUGUUUUCCCCCUUGUUUUUUGCACAUUAUCUCUUGGUUUUAAUUUCCUUUUUAGCUCGCUGCUUCAUAGGAACUUGUAGCAGAGUAUUUUCACCAAAAACCUGUGUCGAGGAUAUUCACCUCGCAGUUCGCUAGGUACACGCUGACAUUUUUCUGCAGUUAUGAACCUGAUUCAUGUGACCACCUGACGAAUUUCAGCUGUGAGGACUCAUCCCACGAGAAGCCGGCCGUGAAGCGUUAAGUAUGAGGCUUUGGGGGCUGCUCGCUUUUUUUGGAGGCUUCCUCGUCUGCCAGGCGACUUUCUACAUCGAGUUUCGAAGGCACGGCCAGAAAUUGUACGAGUGCUCGCGACCCAAUUUGUUGGCAUAUUACAACCCGAGAGCCGGAAUCCAAGUCACGUGUAAACAAGUCACCGAUACUUCGCCGGACCAACCGAUUUACAAGGACUACAAUUUCUACCUCGUCACUAAACCCGCAGUGGGGGAUGGCGAUUACGUGGUUCUUACGGACUCCAGUGGACGGAGAACUCGCGGAAGUUUGCCCGAUGCUUAUAUGAUGGGCGUUCUCAAUAGCAGCCCGGAUCAUCUGAUUUUUCCUGAUGCAACCAACCCAACAGACCCAGCACUAACAGACAGCAGAGAGAAAGUGACAGCAAUGGGACCCGUUGUGGGGGAGAGCUUCAAGGAAGCCCUGAUUAAUUACAUAGCUAAUCCGUCCGCAAUGCUGUUACAUAUGGAACCGAAUAUAGCGGCUAGCUGGCUUGGAGCGUUCGCAGCACUUCUGAGGAGGUUAACGGAAGUUUACGGAUAUGAUAUACUGAUGAAUAUUCCAAUAAGUCCAAGACUUAGAGAACCAGUCGGUAACGCUAUGAGAUUGGCUGUGAAGAAAAUGAUCGACCCUUGCAUGGUGUAUCUCCACUCCGACGCUGAAGGAUGGUGCAGCCUGUACUGUCGUUUUCUGAAUGUCGCUGCUAGAUUUUUCCGAAAGUUAGAGCACAAACUUACACAUGGGGCUUGCCGUGGGACAACUAGAUAUUGCAUCUGCUAUCAGUCGCCCUCGUUUGUCCAAAGAUUGUUUCUCCGAUCGAACGGUAGACCAAUGCAGCAGUUCAACGCCUUGGUGAGGCUGUCGCCGCAAAUCGCCGCCUCUCGCGCGUAACCCAACCCUGAUAAAAAUAUUUGUGUUCUUAUGUACUUUUGGUCAAUAUAGGUUGUGAAACACAAAGCAACACAAAUUUUGUGUUGACUUUGGUUGCAAUUUGUGGUGAAUUUAGCGCAAAAAAACAAUGGAGUGACUGAGAAAAUGCAUUCCUCCGAUUGCGACGUUCGUAUUCAACCACUCGUGUUUCAUUAAAUUCCUUCAAGAAAACUAGCUGGCUCUUCUCUCAAAAUUCCCAACCGAAGGCUAGAGUUAAUUUGUGUUUUACUUCCCUUAUUAAACAAACUUUUGUGUAGGUAUUAGAUAUUUCUCUCUGUGCGGUUACAUUUUUCAACGGAAAAAUCGCGAUACUUUGGAAUUGAGUCGCAAUUUUUUUUACGACUUUUUGGCGAUAAAAUUGCUAGGAUCAUCAAUAUCUGAGCUAUUGUCCUCAAUCUUGUUGCAAUAUCCUAACUCUAUAUAAAAUCCAAAUAAGAGCUGGGUUUGUUAAUUAUAUGUAAUCAUUCUAAGAGCUUCAUGUAUUUUCCAUGCAUUUCCAUGCAGAAUUUUAUACCCUAUUAAGGGUACAAUUUUGAAAUAUCUUGUACCCCCCAAAAAACUAUCUCCUGUAGCGCUUAAGUAUAUAGUUUGUAAGAUUCCUAUCCAAAAUUGGAUGUGUGGAAUAGUUUUACCCUUGUAUUUUCAGCUAAGUUGGUCUGUCAGUAUCCGUCAUCACAAAAUGUGGUCCAUAUAA